UUAGGAUCAAUAUUAUCAAAUACGUUUUUGUUGCUAACUGGUAAAUUGCGAAUGCUUUUUAACUACUGCGUGGGUAAGCUGAUAUUUCAGAAUAUCAAAAGAUCGCUGCUAUGCCGACGGAGUUUUUGCAAUACAAGUACGUCAAUCGCAAAUGACGCCUCUUACCAAAAGAGAAUUAUGCACUCAAGUUGGAUUAAAAAUGCUGCAGUUAUAGCUAGCGUGAAUAUUUUAACAAGUAAAGAUCGUUCGAUAUUUGAAUAGCCGACCCCUCAUUUGUUGAGAAUAAUUUGGCAAUUUGACAGGACCAUUUUUCUAAAGAAUUUAUCCAUCACAUUUUAUUCCCGGAAAGUCAUUUUCUCAUUCAGAUUAAAUUUGAUGUAAUGUUUUUUCCAUUAAAUCAAAUCGCUUAUGAAACUCGUUUCGACGCGUCCGUUGUGGAUUCCCAUUGAAUUGCAAAUGAGGCGUCACAAAUUGAAAAAUAAGAAACCCAAGUAACCUCAAAGAACACACACGAUGCUUCUGAGAGCAGUGUUUUCAAGACUUCCACUUCAUUUCGCUUCUCGGAUGGUUCUUCGUUCUUCGAUUUCGGCUCUCAGCACUAUAGCAAGAGACAGACCACGGGCAUUAUUGUGCAGUACGAUACUUGUCCAGGAUGGAUCACUGGUCCACGAGUUGCCGGUGAUGGUCAGAAGGGCGAAUGACUUGUUGCUGCAGGAUGAAAAGGGCCAGCGAACGAGCAGCCGGAGUAAAAUGGCGAAAAAGUCGAAGAGCGGAGGGCGACGGGGACCGAGUCGAAGGAUCGACAUCGAGACGGAUGAGGGAACGGCGAUCCUGUUCGGAUCGGAUCUCGAUUUCCUCAACGAGGCCAACGUCGAGCAGCUCCUUGCUGGCCUCGAGUCAUGCUACACGCCGAAAGGGGUUUUCUCGCUCUUGGAGACGAUAAUAGUAGAGGAGAUAAACUCGAUGGUCGCUGUUCAGGCGCUCCGAAAGAUAAUCGAGCUCGAAAACUCCCCGCGAAACGGAAACCGAGCGAGUCCAACCAGCAACCGCGAAUUAGUCCUUGGUCAGGUGGUCGAAAUGAUUGUCGGGACUCAGGACAGCGACACGCUCAUCGAAGCUCUUGAUCUCCUGACCAGGGACACGAUCAGCCCGCCGGUAAACCCCUUGCGGGAUCGUCUUUGCGACGAAGUCGCGUCCAGAAUCGCCGACAAUGAGAUGAACGUCGCCCAGAUCGUCGAGGCGGUUCGGAUCAUGACGAAAUUCAGGAAUCUUGAGUACCAGGAAGUCGUUGAUUCUCUCUGGGUCGGUCUCGCAGCUAAAGAGAGCGAAGUCUCAGCUGAGGAUCUGGUCCCUCUCUUCAGAUCUCUUUACUCGUUCAAGAAGAGCAGGAGGUUCGUUCACGCCAUUCUUGAUCGCAGACUCGACCGCCAUUUGAGGUUGCUCUCGGGCCGACAGAUAGCCGACAUUCUCAAUACUCUGGCCAACGCGGCCAUCGAGUCUCCAGAGACUCUCAGAUUGGCCAACAGGUGGGCUGCCGCCAAGGCGAACACCGUCAACGAGCAGGAUCUUCUGGACCUCGUCCGCACCUGGACGGUCACUCGCAACGUCGAUCCAGCCGUCGAAAAAAUGAUGGAGACUCAUGUCCAGGCGAAGCAGGGCAAGACCAGGGCAAAGGAGGUGCAGCUGCCAUCGAUGCAUGAGUAUUUUCGUAGCGCGUGUUCGGUUCUUUUGGGGUCCUGGGUUCGCUGGUUCCGAAUUUGA